CUGCUUAACCCUCUCUUAUCUCUCCACCUUUUUUUUUUUUUUGGUGUUAAUCUCUCCACUCUUCUCUGUAUCUCUUUUGUUUUCUCUUCUACUUCAGCAAUCAGCAGAGUGAAUGUAGGCUUCUUAACAAUGGCGUCCAAGACUUCCACGUGUUUUUCCAGCCAUGGAUUGAUCGGAUUCAACUCAAAAAACCUCAAUUCUCGCUUUGCGGAUCUCACUUAUCGUAAUCGUCGAUUGAAUUUCGCUCCUUCCAAACCUAAUUUAAGACAACAGGAAGUUAGAUUCUCUCCAUUACAGUCCCGAGUAUAUGUGAACCAGCAACCAAAUGGCGGAGCAGAUGUGGAAUUUGAGACUACAUUUAACGAUGGUGCUUCAAGCUUCGGACAAGAGACUAUACCCAAGGUUGAUCUUGUUAACGUCGCGAACAGCAAACUAGAAAUGCUGCCACAGUCAGAGGGAGCCACCAGCAUGGAAAGUUCAUCGCAGCACAGAGGGUUGAAGUGGUGGAUUCCUAUCACAUUCUAUAUUAUUUGCGUUCUUCUUGGACAAUCAGUGGGUAUGAUACUUGGAAGAUUGUAUUUUAACGAAGGUGGGAACAGCAAAUGGAUGUCAACACUGGUGCAAUAUGCAGGCUUUCCAUUGCUAUUACCCUUGUACAGAAUCUUGCCAAAGGAAACAACCCAGAGUCCCACACCAAUUAAUGUCCUUUCUCCUUUGAAAACUGCAUCAAUCUACUUGUUCUUUGGGCUAUUUGUGACAGCAGUGGGUAUGAUGUACUCAGUAGGAUUACAAUAUGUGCCUGUAUCUACUUUCUCCCUCUUAUGUGCAUCCCAAUUGGCCUUCAAUGCCCUGUUUUCCUUCUUCGUAAAUUCACAGAAGUUCACACCAUACAUAAUUAAUUCUCUUUUCCUGCUUACCAUAUCAUCUGUCUUACUUGUGAUUCAGUCUGGUUCUUCCGUUCCUGAAGGAGUUUCCAAGGCAAAUUAUGUCUUUGGUUUCAUAUGUGCUAUUGCUUAUCCAAUGGCAUAUGGACUGCUACUUACCUUAACAGAGUUUACCUUCCAAAAGGUACUGAAGAAACAAAGCUUUGACGCGAUUUUGGAUAUGCUUCUUCGUCAGUCAUUUAUUGCGAGUUUUGUUGCAGUGGUCGGUAUAUUGGUUACUGGGGACUGGAAGACAGUGAAAUUAGAGAUGGAUCAAUUUAGGUUUGGAAAAUUGGCAUACGUGAUGACUUUAAUUUGCACAGCAGUGAGUUGGCAAGUUUACAACAUUGGUUUAUUUGGAUUGAUUGUUAAGGUGUCAUCCCUGUUUUCCAACGUUGUUGCUACUCUAGGAUUGCCGAUUGUUCCAGUGCUCGCCGUGGUCUUCUUCCACGACAUAAUGGAUGGAAUAAAGGUGGUGGCCAUGUUAUUGGCCAUUUGGGGAUUUGUUUCAUAUGCCUAUGAUCAAUACCUUGAUGAGUCUAGUAGGACUGAAACUGUAAGCCCAACUACCACAUAUGCGACUGGCGCUUUAGAGAACAAUAACAAGGUUAUAGAACCGAUUGCUGGAUGAGCAUACUCUCUAUGAUCUUCUUCAGCUUCUGAACUGUCUUUAUUAGGUUGUUCGUGAUCCUCAAAGUAGCUGAUAUUUUCUCUUGUUAGUACUUGAAAGCCCGUCAGCAAUGAACGCCUGAUAACAGUAGAUCUUUGAGGCAUAGUUUCUUCGCAUCAAAGUUGUAAGUUUCUUUGCUUGAGGUUGCUGUAUUUUUUGAACCUAAGCGCUGCACUAGAAGACAUUAGUCUUUUCUUUGUUGUGUAGAAUUAUAUGCCCGAAGCAUGAUCAAUUUUGCACUUACCCUCCUGCGCAAUGUGCAUGGGAGACAUUGUGUUUUUCUUAA